CUGAGAUAUUCCUUCUCUAAAUCUCUUUUUUUUUCCCAUGUUUGUUUGGUUCGUUGUGCUUCUUCCUUUAAUCAGCUAAUUUGAAUGGUAUAAUUAUCUGGGUUUUGCUGUUGUUCGAAUUUGUGAUCAUACCCUUCAAACUUUUAGAAUCAUAUCAGUGAUAAAACAGUGCUUUUUAUAUGCUUUUGUCAAUUAUCUUCUGAUGAAAUUUUGAUUCAUUGUGAUCAGCAGAAGACCAGUAUAGAGGUAUUUACCAGGAAGAAGUUGAUCAAUUUGUGAACAUGGAUCCUAAUCAUACCGACGAUCUAUUAAACCAUUUGGAGAAGCAAAAUGAAUUGCUCAUAGAAACUCGUAAAACCAUGACUCAAGAACUCCAAAAACUCGAGGUGGAAGAAGAGAUGAUGAUGCGGAAAUUCUAUGAGCUAAUGUCUACACAUCGCUUAAAUAAGAAGAAAACGAAGGAGACUCAAAAUGUGUCACACGGAAAAGAAAUAGUGGAAGUGGAAGCGGAAGCGGAAGCCGAAGAUAUUUCUAGGACAUCCAAAGAGUUAAUCGUAUAUGUUGUUCUAACUCCGACACAUCUUGGAAUUGUAAUGGAGUAUGCAGCUGGAGGAGAAAUGUUCGAACGAAUAUCUAGCGCUGGUCGAUUUAGCGAAGCUGAGUCAGUUGAUGUGUGGUCUUGUGGAGUGGCACUCUAUGUUAUGUUAGUAGGAGCUUAUCCUUUCGAAGACCCUAAAGACCCUCGCAAUUUCCGAAAAACUGUUCAGAAAAUAAUGGCUGUGCAGUACAAGAUUCCAGGAUAUGUUCACAUAUCAGAAGAUUGCAGAAAGUUAUUGUCUCGUAUAUUUGUUGCCAAUCCAUUACAUAGAAGUACGCUUAAAGAGAUUAAGAGUCAUUCAUGGUUCCUAAAGAAUUUGCCAAGAGAACUAAAGGAGUCGGCACAAGCAAUUUAUUACCAAAGGAAUGUAAAUCUUAUUAACUUUUCUCCACAAAGAGUAGAGGAGAUUAUGAAGAUAGUUGGUGAGGCAAGAACCAUUCCAAACCUUUCUCGGCCGGUCGAAUCGCUUGGACCAGGUAAGAUAGAUGAUGAAGAAGAAGAAUAUUUGGAUGCUAAUGAUGAAGAAUGGUAUGAUGAUUACGUAUAAACAAUAAAAAAUGUAUUCAUGU